UGGUAUGGGAGGAAAGUCGGUUACACGUAGGCAGAUGAAGAUUAGAAUAAUGAUAAAGUUACGAGUACGAACAACGUAAACCGAUCUGUGGGUGGAUUAAUACGUAGAUGUUUCGACCGACAUCUGUUGGUGAGCUGGGAUGUGCCUGAAUUGGUUGGCUUCAUUCCUAAUAACGAUACAGGUGCAAGAGAUCAAAACGUGGAGAUGAGUCGCUGGUGGUCUGAAGUGUGUACCUUAACAAUGGUAUCUCACCGUGGAGUAAUGCGAUUUUUUUUGUAAUAAGACGUGUAGGUUUCAAUGUGUGGUCCGUCAGACAGUGGUCGGGUCAUCCAACUGUGGUCAAGUUUAGUACGAAAUACAUCUUGUGUGUAGGUGUGAACGAAAUACAACAAUAUAAAUAUAAGCUCGCCCCCCCCCCGUCUGCUUCUGUUUUAAAGAAAGUUGUUGAACUGCUACGCCUCUUACAUAAACCUACUCAGAGUCUUCCCUCUCCUCAUCCCCACUACAUCCAUUUCGCAGUUUUUCUCCUCAGUGACGUCGCAAGAUGCUGGAGUCUCCAGAAAGGGUCAAAGAAUAGUGACCACCUUUUAAGGUGACAAGCAAACCACAAACACAUACUUUGGGUCAGUUUUACUGUAGAGAGGUGAGAGGAAGGCAAGCCAAGUAGGUAGGUAGCGAGGCAACUCCUAGGCACAAAAGUUGCUCCACCUACAGAAAGCCAGAGGGACCAGUUAUGUCUUGUGUGAGUGGAGGUUAGGUGGUGAGCGCCCACAUUAAAGAAAAACCAGAACAUAAGGUAUGCGUCUCUCUAAAGUGUAAAGAAUUGUCAGUGUAUCACUUGACUUUGUACCGCAGACAGCCUCACCAGACGAAGAGACACACAGUGGUAUAGGUGCUGGUCCCUCCUAGUUGCUGCUGAGUAUACUAAGAACAGGGUGAUGUAAUCGCAGUUAAAGGAAAGUGGUAACUUUACCAACAUAUAAGUGAAUCAUUUUUAAUAACAUCCUUGUGUAAGACAAGUGCUGCUUCAUUAAACCAGUGGUCUCAUCAGUGUGUUGUGCUGUGCAAACUGACAUCUGCUGAAGUUCACUGUAGCUACGGUGAUUUUUGCACCUGUUACAUCCAUGAUAUUUCAAGACAUAUAGCUUCAGUAAGGCGCACACACCCACCAUGUCAACACAGGCAUACUACAAAGAUCGACUUGGCUUCGACCCGGCCGAAGCGCUCAAUGAUGGAUCUGCGUUUGACAAAACUCAGCAAGGGUAUGAAGAAAACCUGUGCAAGUUCAAAGACGAACGAGACGCCAUUCAAAAGAAAACAUUCACCAAAUGGGUCAACAAACACUUGAAAAAGCACUGGAAUUAUAUCAAGACAUACACUUGCCUUCACGUGUGUGCGGGUUCGACCACCAGCAGCGUGCCAUGCUGCUCCCCAACAGCGAGCCGGCAUGUGGGCGACCUGUUCGAAGACUUACGGGAUGGACACAACCUCAUCUCCCUCCUCGAAGUGCUGUCAGGAGAACAUCUGCCUCGGGAGAGAGGCCGCAUGCGGUUCCACAUGUUGCAGAAUGUGCAGAUUGCUCUUGAUUUCUUGCGGUACAGGAAGAUAAAGUUGGUGAAUAUCCGAGCAGAGGACAUUGUUGAUGGAAACCCAAAACUGACUCUUGGUCUCAUUUGGACAAUCAUCUUGCAUUUCCAGAUAUCAGACAUUGUUGUGGGCCAGGAGCCUAAUGUAUCAGCACGAGAUGCAUUGUUGAGAUGGGCCAGGCGUUCAACAGCCAAGUAUCCUGGUGUCCGAGUCACUGAUUUCACGAGCUCAUGGCGUGAUGGCUUGGCAUUCAAUGCUAUUAUUCAUCGUAACAGACCCGACCUGAUUGACUGGCGUUCAAUCCGUACACGGAUUGCACGAGAGCGCCUUGAAAAUGCUUUCCAUGUGGCAGAGAGGGAAUAUGGUGUGACCAGACUUCUUGAUCCUGAAGAUGUUGAUACCCCUGAACCAGACGAGAAGUCACUCAUCACAUAUAUAUCAUCUCUUUAUGAUGUCUUCCCUGAACCUCCGCCCAUUCAUCCACUGUAUGACCCUGAAUUACAGCAACGAAGUGCUGAAUACCGAGACAUUGCUAGUUCCCUUCACUUAUGGAUGAGGGAGAAAUUAUCCAUCAUGUUGGACCGAACAUUUCCGAAUACGCUAAUCGAAAUGAAGAAACUCGCUGCCGAAUCAAGUCGGUUCCGAACAGAUGAGGUUCCACCACGUCAGAAAGACAAGCAUAAACUCACGCACAUAUUCAGAGAAUUGGAAAGAUACUUUGAGGCCGUGGGUGAAGUAGAUCUAGAGCCAGAGCUGCAUAUUGAUACAUUGGACAAGAAUUGGAAUCGACUCAUGAUGGCUCACCAGGAACGAGACCAUGCCAUCCUUGAAGAAAUCAAAAGAUUGGAGCGUUUGCAACGCUUGGCAGAGAAAGUGCAUCGUGAGAUGAAGCAAGUGGACUCUCGAUUGGAAGAAUUGGAACAGCGGGUAGAGGACGAAGCUCGUCGGCUAGACCGUCUUCACCCACUUGAUGCUAAGCACAAUGUUGAUCUUCUGGAACAAGACAUCAGACUUACAGAGGAGAGUAUCAACAGUUUGUUUGGAGAUGUGCAGAGCCUCAGAGAUGGACGCUACCCUCAGGCCCCUGAACUUCAUAAGAGAGUUCAGAAGCUGCACCAACGUUGGGUAGCACUUAGAUCACUGCUGCACUCAAAACUGAUCACACCACUUUCCUCCAUAUCAUUUCCUGUGGAGGAACGAACAGUGACACGCCAGACACGUACUGUCCUGGAAACUCGACUGGUUGAGACGAACAUUCAUUUCCGUCAGCUUCAAGAAUGUACUGAAUGGUGUCGUAAAAAACUGAAACAGUUUCAAGAUGCAGAAUAUGGCUCUGAUCUUCCUAGUGUUCAGAAUGAACUGGACAUCCAUCAGAGAGAGCACAAGAAUGUUGAACAGUUCCAUAUCAGAGUGGAACACUGUGAAUCAGCCAAGAACAACUUCCAUGGUGAAGAGCUUCAACUGUAUACACAGCACCUCAGUCAGUUGCAGAAGGUGUACACUGAACUUCUUGUGACAUCCAACAAACGCCUCUCAGACUUGGAAACAUUGCAGGACUUCCUUCAGUCAGCAACCAAUGAGCUUAUCUGGCUUAACGAGAAAGAGGAAGUCGAAGUAUCACGGGAUUGGAGUGACAAGAACAUCAACAUCCCAGCCAUUGAACAGUACUAUGAGUCCUUGAUGAGCGACUUAGAGAAACGCGAGAUCCAGUUUAGUGCAGUUCAGGACCGUGGAGAAUCUCUUGUUUUGCAGCACCAUCCAGCUGCAAAGUGCAUUGAAGCAUACAUGGCUGCAAUGCAGACACAGUGGGCAUGGCUGCUACAGCUGACACUAUGUUUGGAGACACAUCUCAAGCAUGCUUCCAACUACUAUCAGUUCUAUCGGGAAGUGCGCGAGGCUGAGGAAUGGAUUACAAAGCGUGAUGAACUCAUGAACACAAUAUAUAGCCAAUCAGAUUUCACUUUGGAUGAAGGUGAACGCUUACUUCGUGGGAUGCAAGAACUCCGAGAGGAGCUGAACCACUAUGGCGAUGUUGUACAGGGAUUGUCAGAGAAGUGCAAAGACAUUGUACCUUUAAAGCAACGACGGCAACCUGUGACUAGGCCCCUGCAAGUGCUAGCCAUUUGUGCCUACAAACAAGUGAAUAUUGUGAUUGAAAAGGGUGAGCAGUGCAUUCUGCAUGACAACUCUGGACGUGUGAAGUGGCGAGUGUCAAACUCCUCAGGUGUUGAGAGUUCAGUGCCUGGAGCAUGUUUCCUUAUACCUCCACCUGAUAAAGAAGCAUUAGAUGCUAUUGAAAGGCUGAAGAGGCAGUUUGACCGUUCCAUUGCUCUCUGGCAGAAGAAGCAGCUCCGUAUGAGGCAGAACAUGAUCUUUGCCACAAUCAAAGUUGUCAAAAGCUGGGAUCUCGCUCAGUUCCUUGCUAUGGGUCAAGAACAGCGUAAUGCUAUCCGCAAAGCUCUGAAUGAAGAUGCAGACAAACUGUUACAAGAAGGUGAUCCAGCUGAUCCUCAGUUGAGACGGUUGCGUCGAGAGAUGGAGGAGGUGAAUCGACUCUUCGAUGAAUUUGAGAGACGUGCCAGAGCUGAAGAGGAGAGUAAGAAUGCAACCCGCAAUUUCAAUGAUCAGAUAGCCUCUCUGCAAGCAUCAUUGGAUGAAGCUGAACGCACAUUGGCUGUUCGCACUGCUGCAUUUCUGCCUCGUGAUCUUGACUCACUAGAACAUCUUGUUAUUGAACACAAGGAGUUUGAAACCCAGCUACAGGCACUGGGACCAGAGGUUGAGGAUGUUCAGGUAACAUUCCGUAGUGUGGCACGCAAGACCCCAGCUAUGCAGACCAAGUUGGACAAGUGUCUGAACAAAUGGAACCAGUUGUGGAGUUCGUCUCAUCUCUACAUUGAGAGGUUGAAGUGUGUGGAGAUAGUCCUUACUGGACUUGAGGAGGCCACCACAGUUGUUUCAGAGUUUGAGUUGAAGCUGGCAUCGUAUGAGGAACUGCCUUCUGAAGUGGAUGCUCUGCAAGCUGUUCAUGAAGAUUUGCUGAAUCUUCAGAACUCCGUGUCACAACAACAGAUAGUUAUCGAUCAGCUGACUGAGGAUGUGCACAAUGCACGCCGGCUGGUGGAGAAGUCCCGACCCACUCAUCGUGGACCUCACGCAGAUUUAGAGAGAUUGGAGGCAGAUGUUAGUCGACUUACCAAUCGUUGGGAGAAUGUCUGUGAGCAGCUGGUAGACAGGCUUCGUAGCUGUGAAGCAGCAUAUGGCCUACUGCAGACGUAUGCCAACUCAUAUCAGACUGAGGUGUCAUGGGUGGAUGAGAGCUAUGGAAAGCUGAACAACCUGGCUCCAAUUGGCAUAAAUGCCAAGGAGCAAUUGGAGCCAACCAAGGCACUGUAUAACAGUGUAGUAGAAAAGACACAGGCCGUUGAACAGGUGAAUGUUGUUGGAGGACGUUUCAUCCGUGAAGCUAAGAUUUACGACUUGAGACUGCAGCGAUACUGCGGAUGGCUGGUGGAAGAGGUGCACCCCAGCCUAGAUGCAACGCUGAGUGCACGAUGUCUUGAAGGGGGAGGAGCUGACACUGUAGCAAAGCAGCUGGAUAUCCUGAACCAUCGAUUCCAGGCUCUUCUGGCUGUUCUUUAUGAUCGACUGAGGCAAAUUGCUGCACUUUCCCCUAACGACCCAGCACUUCAGUUGCUGGUAGCGCAAAUGGAACCCAGACAAAUGCGAACAUUCCGAACUGAAUUCAACAUUUUUGAGUCAUCUACAAUGGACACUAGUGAAUCCAGAACUUACAAUAGUAGUGUUCAUUAUGCAGCACAUUCAGACAGGUUUCUCCAGCAUGUGAGUACAUCUGGCCAGCAUGACUUAAUCAACAGUAUGAAAGGAUUUGAUGACCCUCACAGCAAGGCAGCAUCGGUGACAACUGUAACUGUAACCACAUCAAAUGGGCCACCUACAAAGAAGCGUUCAAAACCAGACUCCGAAACCUACAACUCAGCAGCACUGACAAAAGGAGGGACCAGCAACUAUCCUAGUGCUGUUCCAUCAAAUGGUGAGGCUAGCUCUGGUAUGAGUCCAUCAAAGAUCAGUAAAGAUUCUCCCAUGAAAUGGUCUGGGAGCUCAAUGCAGUUUUCAGAAAUACGAUCACUGAAAAGGAUACACAAAUCAGAAGAAGGAAUUGGAACUGAUAACAUCAUAGAAACCCCAGGGAUCAUCCAUCCUUCAACUGGAGAGGUACUGACUGUUGGUGAUGCCAUAAGUCUUCGAAUUUUAGAUGUAAGAACAGGUCGGAUAGUGACAUCACCAGAUGGGCGAUCACCAACAGUCAGCAUCGAAGAAGCAAUGGCUAGGGGUCUUGUAGAUCCUACUUUAGCAGAACGACUGCUUGGUCCCUGUGGCAUUGUAGAAGAGGAUGGUCGGUCUGGACGACAACUGUCAUUACUAGAAGCAAUACAGCGUGAACUGUUUGAUGCAGAACGGGGAUUUGUGACUGCAGCAGAAGGACGGGUAAAGGUAAUGUAUACUAGGGAUGAGGACCAACACAAAAGAAUUAGCAUUGCUGAAGCAGUUGCAAAAGGGAUGAUUCAUCCAGAGACAGGGCAAUUCACAGAUCCUACAGGUAGGGAGCAGAUCACCUUAAAGGAAGCAUUUGCAAGGAAUUUAAUUGACAGGGAUCCUACAGGUGACAAAGGAAAGAAGAAACCAAGUAAUGUAGGAAUUUGUCUGUCAGAUGCAAUUUCUCAUGGGUUAGUAGAUGAUCGCAGUGGGCAGAUUGUGGACAGAAAUUCUGGUGACAAGUUUCCACUGGCAGUUGCAAUUAAAAGAGGAGUCAUUGACCCAAGUAUAAGAGAAAUUGUGGAUGCCUCUGCAGACAACAAAGUUACUGUUUCUGAGGCAAUUGCUAGUGGAAUUCUAGAUCCAAAGCAAGGGAAAUACAUACAUGGACUCUCUCAGGAAGUUCUUCCAUUGCGAGAGGCAAGAAGGAGAAAGCUAAUUGUUAAGCCAAUGACAUUAAAAGACUGCAGUGACUUGGAGCUGAUAGAUAACACAGGAAAGAUUCGUAGUCCAUUACAUAGGAAUGCACUUCCCAUUUUAGAAUGUAUAUCAAGAGGUGUCCUUGAUUCAGAUACUGUGAAAAGUAUAACAGACACAAAAACAGAUAAUUUACUGACACUCUCUGAAGCACUGGCUGAAGAGAUAAUCCUUCCAGAAGGAAAAUUCAGAGAUCAGGCAACAGGAGAAAUUUGCUCAAUUCCAGAAGCUGUCAACAAGGGAUUGAUAACUUCAGUAUCUGUGAAAUCAAUCUUCGAUAUUGAUGGAUUUAAAGACCCAGAUAGCAAUGACUUUGUAAGCCUCAAUACAGCAAUAGCUAAAGGUGCUUUGAGCAUGAAGACUGGUGUAUCACUGUUUGUUGUAGAUCCAAAAUUGGGAAAGACAAUUUCUAUAGAUCAAGCUGUGAAGCAAAAUCUUGUUCGCCCAGAAGUUCUGGAAAUGUUGAACAGGAAGAUAGGUAUUAGAGAUAGGGGAAGGGAACUGACUGUUCUAGAGGCUGUUGCAAAAUGUUACCUUGAUCCAAAAACAGGGCAGGUGUUGGAUCCAAAAAAUAGGAAAGCUCUCCCCUUGGAUGAAGCUGUACGGCGUAGACUGAUCUCUCCCGAGGGGGCUGCUUUGUUGGGGAGUCUCCUAGCUAUCACAGUCACAACACAGACUGUCACAAAAACUAUAAAACGUUAUGUGACCAUCACGUCUAGUGGUGUCACUACAUCUGACAUUAAAAUGUCAUUUGGUGAAGCAAUCCGUCGAGGUUUGAUUGAUGAAUCUAAGCAGACCUUUAGAGACCCUGAUACAGGGAGGGUGCUGUCUCUCCAUGAUGCAAUGAAUGAGGGACUAAUUGGAUUUGCAUCACCUGAUAACAGCCCAAAUCAUUCACCUACAAGGCAAAGGUCUUCAUGUACAGCAUCACCUACAAAAGCCUCAGAAGGAAGUCCGGUUAGGGUUAGAAGCCUUGACAGUACCUCUCCAUUAAAAGAAAGAUCAUUAGAUCAUGGACAGCCUGUGCCAAAAGGUCGCAGUUCUGGAAGCUCAUCACCUGUUAAAGAGAGGAACUUUGAUCCUAGUCCAGUUGUGCCUACUGUGAAAGGGAGGAGUCCUGCAGGGUCUCCAGUCAAAGAGAAACCAUCCUUUGAUACUGCUGCUGGCAAAGGAAGAACUUCACCUAGAAAGGGAGCAGCAUCUCCUGUAAAGCAGAAAUUACUACAAUACUCAGCAGAUGAUAUUUUUGAUUCCUCUCUUAUUCAUUCAUCUCAGGAAUCAACUUCACAGAAAACAGAUUCUGCAGAAUUUCUCUCCAAUGAACGGCAAGCAGCAGCUGUAGAGAAGCAGAUAUUCGAACUGCCCCCUGAUGGUUGGUACCUCUCUGAGGCAAUUGAGCAGAGGCUGUUCGAUCCAGUUACUGGUUUAUUCAUUAUCCCCGGCACAGACAGACUUGUUUCAUUUGAGGAGUGUGUAAAACUUGAGAUCAUAAACCCUGCUUCUGCACUUGUUAUUGAUCCUAACAACAGGAGAAAGAUAUCUUUGCUGAGAAGCUUAGAGAAGAGGGUGCUGGAUGGAACUGGACAUUAUACGAACGGAGGCAAGAAACUUCCAAUGAAAGAAGCUAUUGACAAGAACUUUGUGAUCUUAGAAGGAAGAAUGGAGCAUGAUCAUGCAUCUUCACGACUCAUCCAAGUUACGAAGGUUACUGGAAAACCUGAUCUGGUUGAAUUGUCAGAUGUUGGCACAGGUUCUUCUGGAAAUCCACCAACAUUCACAGAAAUAAAGAGCUCUGAGCUUGAUACUUCCAUACUGGAGCCCCUGCAGGUUGCACCUGGCAUUAUAUAUGAUCCUGCUACCUCAUUAGUCAUCUUCACGGAGUCUGGCAAAGCAGACAAUCUUCUGGCAGCUGUGAAGACAGGAAAAAUAGAGCCAAGAAUGGUGAAAGUUAAGGAUCCUUACACUGGAAAAAGUCUGAAUAUUAAUGAAGCCAUGAGAAAGGGGAUUGUUGAUAAGGAAACUGGGGAUUACAAAGACAAAGCAGGACGCAAGAUUCCGUUAGCUGAGGCUGCUAAGUUUGGAGUGUUAGCUGUUGUGGGUUCACCUCUUGUUGCUGCUGUGAAAGCUGCCAAAGUCAUCAAGAAAGCUUUGGUUGCUGAUCCAAGUACUGGUGAGGAAGUGCCAAUAGAAGUGGCAUAUGAACGUGGCCUUAUUGAUGAUGAGACCUUACGUAGUUUUGAGGCUGCAACAGAAUGUUUCAUAGAAGGAACUUCUCCUGAACAAGUGGUUACUACAACCACCGAGAUUGUAUCCACGUCUGUUGUGAUACAGGAUCCAUCUACUGGAAAGGAAAUCACAGCUCAGCAAGCUGUUGAAAAAGGACUCCUCACACCUGAAGAUUUGAAACAUUUAACAGCAGCUGCCCAGGAUGGAGUUGAAAGAGGUAAGCCAGUUAAGACAUUGAGCACUACAACAAUACCAUUAGAUGAUGAUGAUGGCAGACCAUCUGCUGGAGAACGUACACGAGGAAGAGUGACAACUGAACCGAAAUACAAAGUUGCAAUUGGCCGUGCAAGGUCUUUUUCGCAGAGCCCUGAACGUGAAGCAAAACCAGUUGUUCUGCAAAAGAUGCGUAAGAAGGUUGUGAAACCAUGUGAUGCUGUUGAAAGUGGUAUGAUUGAUAAGGAGACUGCUGACAUCUUGGAGAAGCCAGAGAUUUUCAGAGGCUCAGAUGGUGAAAGUUUGAGCUUAGCGGAGGCUUUGAGCUGUAACAAGCUUGAUGGAAAUAAGGGUGCAAUAUUGGAUCCCCAACAUGGAGAUGUCUUAACCAUCAAGGAAGCCAUGGACCGUGGCAUAUUAGAUCCUGCAGGGCCCUCUGGCCGUCUUUUGAUUCCUGUAGCUCAUAGUUUGUCAGUUCCAGGACUGUUAGAACAGGGGCUAAUGGACCCAGAUGCUAAGAAAAUUGUACAUCCAGAAACUGGAACACAUUUAUCAUUACGUGAAGCAAUUGUAUGUGAGAUCGUGGAUCCCUUGUCAAGGAUGGUGGAACCAUCAAGUGGCAGUAAAGUGACACUGGAGGAAGCCAUAGCUAAGGGCUGUAUAGAUGAGGAUAAAUCAUUGAUUAAGACACCAAGUGGCUUGGUGGAUCUAUUAACUGCAGCACAGGACUUGAAGGUGUUUGAGAAACUUCCUCAUGAAAGUUCAGUUAAGAGACUACCUCCUGCUGGCAUGACAUUCCCUGUGGCAUUGAGACGUGGCUUGGUAGAUCCAGUUACCAAAGAAAUUUUGCAUCCUAUAACAGGUGUUAGGAUACCUCUUGAGAAAGCCAUCAAAGAUGACUUUAUUAUGGCUUUGCCAUAUCCUGUGUCACCAUUCAGUGUGGAAGUAACUCAAGCCUUGGAUCAUAAUCUUAUUGAUGAAGAGAAAGGAACCUUCAGGAACCCCAAAACAGGGGAAGUGAUCCCUGUGUCAGAAGCUGUUGAAAAUGGUAUAUUAGUCAUCAAACCAAUACCACAGCUCAUUACAUUUGAGCCAUCUGGAACAGUGACUGCAGUGACUGAGACAGUGACUUCAUAUCAUACAAUCACAACUAAGACUAUAGAAUUGAAGCAUGGUUAUAUCUUGAUUGGACCAGAUGAAGUAAAACAUACCCAAACAGGGGAGGUAAUACCUCUUGAUGAAGCCAGAAGGCGAGGUAUAGUUAAAGAUGAAUCAGAAACAAAAGAGGAAUUCACAACAAGGGAAAUUAAAAUGUCAUUUUCAGAUGCAGUAGCUCAAGGAUAUGUUGACCUUGACGCUGGCACAUACACAAAUCCUGCAACAGGAGAAGUAAUGAGUAUUUCAGAAGCCAUCAAAGAAGGCUUAUUGGACACAACUGUGCCUACACAAAUUUCAGAGGAUACCACUAUAUCACCUACAGGGAAGAAGGUCAAGAAAUUAAAUCCAGUAGAAGCCUUUGAUACACUUUAUGAAGAUACAACUAAGAAAUUCCGUGAUCCACAUUCACCAACAAAGAAUUACACUUUUAAGGAAGCUUUAGAUAAGGGAAUUAUUGAUCCUGAAGCUGUGAUAUAUGAUGUAACUAGUGGGAAACCUGUUACAACUCGUGAAGCAGUUGAGAGAGGAAUGAUAGACCCAGGAACUGGCAGGGUUAAGGAUACAAAGACUGGAAUGAGCGUUAAUGUGAAAGAAGCUGCGAAAUUGGGAUUACUGGCAAUUGUGAGUGCUCCAGUGCUUGCUGGAAUGGCGGUUGCAGAUGCUGUAAAAGGUCUGAAGAAUAACACUAACAAGAAAUCGCAUGAGAUAUCUUCACAGCCAAAUAGUUCCGUGAUAGAGCAGAGUAUUUCUUUGAAGGCAUCUCCUAUUCAAGAGACCACCAUAUCACCAAGCAGGAAGAGUCCUCCAAAAGCACUUGAAUGUCAGAAGAGUCCAACUAAGCCUUCAGAAAGGGACAAGAGUCCUGUUAUAACUAUUAAGACAAAGGCUAGAACACCAUCUCCAGUUAAGGACAUAAUCAGAGGACUGAAGAUGCCAUUGAGAGAAGCUAUCUAUGAUGGGCACAUUGAACCAGAGAGUUGUAGUAUUACUAUACCAACUUCUGGCGAGGAGGAGGAAGAACAGAUGACUGUGCAAGAUGCACUGGAUAGAAAUGCUGUAGCUUUAAAAGAUGUUGUGGAAGUAUUCAGUAAGGCAAAGGUUGGUUUAGUGGACAGGAAAACACGGUUCAAAGUUAAAGUCACAAAACUUCUGAAUGCUGAGAACUUAGCAAGUAAUGGUGUUUACAAUUUGGAUUCUGACUCAUUUGUUGAUCCUCUAACUGGAGAGGCAAUUAGAUUUGAAGACUUUAUUCUUGGGUAUGAUGUGUUUGACCCAGACUCCAUUGAAGUUAAAGAUCUUGGAAGCCAUCCUGAAACUUACAUUACUUUGCGAGAAGCUCUGGAGGCACCGCUUAUCGACAGAGUCACCGGUCACAUGGUGGAUCCUCAAACAGGAAAACGUGUACCUUUCUUUGAGGCUGUGAAAUUGGGCUGGAUUGUUGAGAAAUCUGGCAAAAUUAAGCCAAUCAAAGUAAAGCAUCGCCCAUCUCUAACAUUCCAAGAAGCUGUUGAUGGUGGACUGUAUGAUCCAAAAACUGGGGAUGUUCAAGACCCUAAAACAGGAGAUACUUUUAGCUUUGCAGAAGCUUUAACAUAUGGGGUAUUGGAUCCUGUUUCAGUGAGCAUUCGGAAUCCAGAAAAUGAUGAUAUUCUUCCUUUGUCUGAAGCUGUGGAAAUUGGAAUUGUAGAUCUGAAUCGAGGUGUAAUUGUGAAUGUAGAAACAAGAACAGAAGUGGAGUUCAAAGUGGCAUUCAUGCAAGGAUAUGUAGUUGCAGGACCGAGAAAACCAGUGUCAUUAGAAGCUGUGAUAAGGAAAGGGCUUUAUAAUUCAAAGACUGGCAGGAUCACUGAUCCCUUGACGAAACAGGCUGUAGAUGUCGAGGAGUCCGUAAAGCGGGGGUUGGUUGAUGCAUUUGUGACAGAAUGCAAAGAUACCAGGGCUGAUGCUUUUGUCUCCCUUGAUGAUGCAUUAGCAACUAAAUUGGUGAAUCCAAAGACUGGAAAAUUACGCAAUACAUCUAAUGGGAACCUAAUGACAUUAGAUUUGGCCCUUGAUAAGGGUUUAAUUGUUACCAACAAAUUUAGCGUUACUCUAAUUGAAGCAAUUGUGCAGGAAUACUAUUCUCCAUGCACUGGAAAAGUGUCAGAUCCAGCUUCGGGAGAUGAGCUCACUGUUCAAGAAGCAGUUGAUCUGGGCUUUGUAGAUUGUUCCUCAGUUAGAGUAAAGGAUUCACAUCAGGACAAAAUUGUUACCUUUAGAGAGUCCACAGCAACUGGCCUGUUAGAUGCUCAGAAGGGAAUCCUAACCUACCCUACACCAAUGACAUUAGACAUAGCCUUUGAGAAAGGUUACAUAUUAACCACACGCAAACCCUGGUCCCUGCAGGAAGCCCUUGCUCAGGGUUGCUAUGAUCCUAAAACAGGACUGAUGGUCAUCAAUGGAGAUGGUGAAAGGAUGACACUGGAUGAAGCUAUGAAGAGAGGUGAGAUAAACAGGGAUGCUCUCACGGUGAAGGACCCGCGUUCUGGUGAUAUUAUCACUUUGGGAGAAGCUAUCAAGAUUGGUGUUAUUGACCCUAAAUUAGGAACAGCAGCAGAUCCUACAAAUGGUGCUGAGAUGCAUUUCUAUGAUGCUCUAGAACGUGGGCUGAUUGUACCUGCCAAGAGAAAGUUCUCAUUGCCUGAAGCAGUUUUUAAAGGUUUUUAUGAUCCAAAGUCAGGAAAGUUCACAAACCCUGAAACUAGGGAAAAACUUCCAACAGAUCGUGCAAUUAGACGGGGUAUUAUUGAUCCUGCAUCAACUUUGGUCAAAACGAAUGGUGGGGAGAUCAUUACAUUCGGUAAUGCUGUUGAGGAAGGGAUUGUGGAUUCAAGGACAGGCACCAUUGCAGGAGCUGGACAGUUCAGUAGGAAGCUGGAUUUCCAAGAGGCAUUUGAGCAAGGUCUUUUGAUUGAGGUUCGGAGACCAAUGUCUCUUAGUGAAGCACAGCUGAAGGGUGUGUUUGAUGAAGAAAAAGGGCACUUCUUGGAUCCAUCUAGUGGGGAUCAUCUUACCUUGGCAGAUGCAAUUGAGAGAAAUCUAAUUGAUUCAGAUUCUGUCCAUGUUAAAGAUACACGAAGUGGAUUUUGGAAGAAAGUCUCUCUUGCAGAAGCAAUUAAGCUUGGAUUUGUGGAUGGAGAGACUGCAAAGGUUAAAGACUUCACACAUGGAAACCUGGAGGUAACAAUAUCAGAAGCUUUUGAUUUGGGUCUGAUCGUUGAUAGUAAAGCAGCAGUAUCAAUACAGAGAGCUAUUCAUCAAGGGCUGUAUGAUGAUUCCACAGGAAAAUUAACAGAUCCCAACACUGGUAGGAAGAUAACUCUACAUGAAGCUAUUCGCAGAUUUAUCAUCAAUCCCCAGCUUCCUUGUUACUGGGAGAAGAAGUCUGAACGUCUUCUGUCUUUGGUGGAAACAUGCCGAGCUGGAAUCAUUGACAGACGGGCAGGCACUUUCAGGGAACCUGGUGCUAACUGUACAGUUUAUUUGUCUGAUGCAAUGGAACUUGGGCUUAUUGUUGAUAUUGAAAGUGCAGGGUUUGGACUGUAUGAAGCAAUUGCCAUGGGACUUUAUGAUGCUGAUUCUGGGCGUUUUGUACAUCCAUCUACAGGAAGAAGGUUGAUGCUAUCUGAUGCCUGUAAAGAAGAACUAAUAAAUCCCUUAACAUCAAUUGUUAAGCACUCCAAAUCUGGUAAAUAUUUCAAAUUGCCUGAUGCAGUAGAAGCAGCUCUCAUAGAUGAAGAACAGGGGACCUACAAAAUACCUGAUAGCAAGAGAACCCUUACUUUGAAGGAAGCUAAGGAGAAGGGACUCAUCGUCACUUCUAAGAAACCAUUGUCAAUUGAAGAAGCAGUGAGAAAUGGACUGUAUCAUGCUGACACAGGGCGGUUCACUGAUCCUGUUGUAGGAGAUAAGUUAGACAUUGCCCAAGCACUGGUUCAUGGUCUGAUAGAUGCAAAUACUACAGCACUGAAAGACCCAGCCACUGGACAGCUGAAGAGUGUUAACUCAGGCAUUGAGGAUGGUUCAAUAGAUACUCCUCGUGGUCGUGUUGUUGAUCCUAAGACAAAGCGAGCAUACACAAUUGAUUCAGCCUUGGAGAGAGGCCUGCUAAUCACUGUUGAUCGACCUAUAACCUUCCAACAAGCUGUGCGACGUGGUUCAAUUGAUUUCCAGCGUGGAACAUUCAAAGAUCCACGAACAAUGAGGGAAUGCACGUUAGAGGAGGCAAUAAGGUAUGAAUUAAUUGAUCCUGAAUCUGCAGUUGUGAAGGAUCCACAGACAGGACGUUUCCGCACACUCAAGAAGGCAAUAACUGAUGGAGUUAUUGACAUGAACAAGAGAGCAGCAUUUGAUCCUCAAACUGGAAAGGUCAAGCCAUUGUGCAUUAUUUUUGAACAAGGUACUGUUGUAUUCCUUCGUGAGCCACUUACAUUUGAUGCUGCUAUUGAACAAGGACACCUCAAUGUAGGAACUGGAAAAUUUAUUGAUCCACAAUCAAAAGAAGUCCUCACAUUGAAAGAAACUGUCUCUCUUGGACUCAUUGAUCCUGAUUCAGCCCUAAUUAAAGAUAGCACAAAAAAGAAACUUGUCAAAUUGCCUGAAGCCUUUCGUAAAGGUCUCAUGGAUGCUGAGAAAGGUAAUGUUCUAGAUUGUGCAACAUCACGUUUAUAUUCUCUGUCAGCUGCAAUUGAAUCAGGUCUUCUAACAACACCACGCCGAGGACUCUCUCUUAUUGAAGGUCUGCAGUUUGGUCUGUAUAACCCAACAACAGGUGGAUUUACAGAUCCAUUCUUUUCUUCCGGAGUUAUUGAUAGGCGGAGGUUAAGGCUUGAGGAAGCUAUUGAGUUUGGCCUAAUUGAUCCAUCAACAACAGUUGUGAAGGAUGCUGAUAGUGGCAACAUAUCAUCUCUAACAGAUGCCAUUUCAAUUAGCAAGAUUGUGGAUGCUGAAGCUGGGCGGAUGCUGGAGACAUCAACAGGAAAAAGCAUCGAUUUGCUUAAAGCACGUGACAAGGGAUACAUUCUUGCUGCAGAAGCACGACAAGCGAUGGAAGAGAAGUAUAAACAUUGUGAUGACACAUUACUGAAACUUCUCACAUGGAUUAGAGAAGUGGAAGACAAGCUGGCAAACCAGGAUGUGGUCCAGGAAGAUGCAGAUGAACUCCGUAAUCAGAUCAACACCAUGAAGCAAGUGAAGGAUGACUUGGACUCUCAUUCAAGACCAGUGGCAUCAUGCUUGGACCAGGUGCGGCAGAUAGUUGCAUCAGGUGGUGACGUUCUAUCAAGCGAUGAAGUGUCCACUCUUGAGAAGAAUGGACGCUCACUCAAGACUAGUUAUGAACGUGCUAUGGACAGAACAGACAGAUUACUCAAACGGCUCACUGCUGCUUGUGAUGAGUUCAGCAAAUUCAGGAAUGAGCUUGCUACAUUCUGUACUUGGCUUGGUAAGGCCCAGAAAACUCUGGAGGAUAAGGAGAGGUCCCUCUCUAACUUGAAUAAGCUCAGCAGCAGUGCGGACAGCACUAGGGAGUUUGUAAGUGAUGUCAUUGCACAUCAGGCUGACCUGCGGUUCAUCACCAUGGCAGCACAGAAGUUUGUUGAUGAAUCUAAGGAAUACCUUACAUCUUUGAAUGAAUUCCGAACAAGCCUACCCCAGCGGCUACCUCACAUUGAACCUUCACAGGACUCUGUUGUACGAAAUGAAGUUUUGGCAGUUACAGCACAGUAUCGAGAUUUGCUCUCUCGUGCUAAUGGAUUGUCAGAUCGGUUAUCUGGUGUGGGGGGACGCCAGCGGGAGUACCGUGAUGCACUGGACAAGGCUCGAGCAUGGUUGCGCGAAGCUGAACCAAGAGCCAAUAAAGUUCUCUCAGAACCUGUUGGAGCAGAACCAAAGACUGUGGAGGAGCAAUUGAACAAAGCCAAGACAUUGAAUAAUGAGUUUGUGGCCCAAGAAAGGCUUAUAGAUGCAGCAAAGCAGAGUGUGGUAGCACUGGUGAGGUCUCUGGAAGGUCAGCAGACUCCUGGAGAGAUAGCUGCUUUGGAGACCCCUGUUCUGGAACUGGAAGACAAGUACAAGCAGCUCUCAGCUGCACUGGCUGAUAAGUGCCGUGCUCUUGAUACAGCUCUUGUUCAGAGUCAAGGUGUACAGGAUGCUCUUGAUAGUCUAAUGCAGUGGCUGAAUGCUACAGAGAACCAACUGAAGUCACUUAUGCGGCCAGCAAGUCUUCUGAAGGAGCGAUUGGAGGAGCAAAUCAGAGAGCACCGCCUGUUGCUGGCAGAUGUGGACAGCCAUCGCCCAAGUGUUGAGAGUGUAGCACAGUCAGCACAAGAAUUGGUUGCUACUGCUAGCAAUGCACGCCUUGCCAAGAAGAUUGAAACAAAGCUGCGAGAUGUCACUACCAGGUUUGAUAAGCUGCUGGACAGAACAGUGAAACGUGGUGAACUGCUGGAAGAAGUUCAUUCUGCACUCACUGUGUUCUCAAAUGCUGCCGUUCAGUUUGAGUUGUGGUACUGCGAACUGCUUGAUGCUAUUGAAUCUCGAGAUGUUUUGAAACUGGAAAUUGCUGAGUAUGGAGUUAAGAUAGAUGAAAUUGUUGCUAAACGUGAUGCUAAGCAAGGGGAAUUUGAUGAUAUGGUUCGGAAUGGAAAGAACCUAGUUGCGAAGAAGGAUGUUACAGAUACAGUUCCAGUCAGGGAUAAAAUAAAGGCUCUGGAAGGCCAGUGGAAAGAUCUGAAUUCUCUUCUGGAAGAUAAGCAGAAGUUAAGUAAAGCCCGAGCUCAUCAGUUAGGUGCCUAUGAGAAAUUACGUGACCAGGUGUUAGAAUGGCUCGCAACCAUGGAAACUCAAGUGUUGCGGCUUGAACCUGUGGCUGUUGAAAUUGAAACCCUCAGGAAACAAACAGAACAAUUGAAGCCAAUGAUGAAGGAGUACAGGGAUUAUGGUACUACCAUUGACAAAGUGAAUGAGCUGGGUAACAUUUAUGAUGGACUUCUGAGGGGAGAAAGACCAGAAAGCCCAGCACGCAGGCGUAGUAGCUCUGCAUACAGCCCCACAAAGAGAACUUCUGUCACAAGCAGUCCAUUGCGCCGAACAUCUCACGAAGCCAGAUCUCCUUCACCCACCAAGUCAGGUAGUGGUGGUUUCUCUGUUCAGAGUCCUGUUUCACCAGGUGGUUCCAGUGGCUUCAGUAGUCGCCGUUCCUCUCAGGAUGGUUUCCAUCUGGAAGAAUUAUCACCAGUACAACAGCAGCUGACAGAAAUCAACAACCGCUAUGGUUUACUGGGAGUGCGUCUCUCAGAUCGCCAGACAGAGCUUGACAGUAUUCGUGAAGAGGUGAAAAAGCACUUGGAUAACCUUCGAAGUCUUGGUCAAUUCCUGGAGAAGGUUCAAAGGAAUAUUCCAAAGGAGACUGUGCCACACAGCAAGGAGGACUCUGAUAAGAUGGCCAAGCAGAUGAAGAGCAUAGUGGAGGAUAUGUAUGAGAAACAGUCUCUUUUGGACAGCACAAAGAGCCAAGUGAAUGACUUGUUACGACGCAAACCGGUGGCUCUGGGAGCUGACAACUUGCAAGAGGAGCUAACAGAUGUUGUUUCACGUUGGAAGACCCUCCAUGACCGGUGCAAGGAUAGAAUCAAAUUUAUGGAGGACAUGAAAGAUUUCCAUGAUACUCAUGACAAUUUGAAUGGCUGGUUGAGCGCAAAGGACCGCAUGAUGACAGCUCUGGGUCCAAUCUCAUCAGAUUCUCGCAUGGUGCAGAGUCAGGUGCAGCAAGUGCAAGUAUUGAGGGAGGAGUUCCGUACUCAGCAACCACAGUUGUCACAUCUCUCACAAGUGGGAGAGUCUGUUCUUGCUUGUCUAGAUCCUAACACACCUGAUGCUCAGCGCUUGUCUGCACGCCUUACAUCCAUAUUGCAACGAUGGGCUGACCUACUCAGUCGCCUAGAAGAGCGAGCAGAUAGCUUGGGAGCUGCUGCUGAUACAAGCCGGGAGUUUGAUGCAGGACUCAAUAGGCUUAGGGAUGCACUGCAAGGAAUAUCAGACCAACUGGAUGAUCUGCCGCUGGAUAAGGAUCCAGAAGAACAGCUGAGGAAGAUAGAAAAUUUGGAACGUCAGCUGGAAGGUCAACGUCCACUCCUAGCAGAUGCUGAAGCAGCAGGUGCACAGCUUUGUGAAGUGCUGAGUGACCCAGCCUCUCGGGCAGAAAUCCAAGCCAAGUUGGUAGCAGUGGGCCGACAGUACAACACUCUCCAGAAGAAGCUUGAUCACCGUAAAGCUGAAAUGGAAGGAUUCUUGAGGGAUGGUCGUCAGUUUGAAGCAUCCUGUGCCAAAACUCUGGGAUGGCUAUCGGAUGAAUUAGGUGGCAUGUCAGAGCGGCUCCUGGUGUCUGCUCACAGAGAUGUACUGCAGCAGCAAUUGGACCACCAUGAGCCCAUCUAUAAAGAUGUGAUGAGCAAGGAGCAUGAAGUGAUCAUGCUGCUUAACAAGGGUCAUGACAUGCUUUCCCGGUCAGCUCACCGUAACGGCGGUAGUGACACCCGCAAUCUGCAGCGUGACCUAGACAAGAUACAACAACAGUGGGACAGAUUGCGCAAAGACACUGUUGAGAGGCACACUCGACUACAGACCUGCAUGGAACAUUGCCGUAAAUACUACCGAGCCCAAGAGAGCUUCUUGCCAUGGCUGACUCAAGCUGAAAAUAAGCUAGAGACAUUGCAGCCUGCCAGUUUCAAGCGUAAGGAUAUUGAGCGACAGCUGAAGGAACUUGGAACAUUCCGUAAUGAAGUCUGGAAGCAUUCGGGUGAAUACGAAAAUCACAGGAUGCUGGGCGAAACGUUUGUUGCUGCUUGUGACAUAGAUAAGGAAGUUGUGAAGAGUGAACUGUCUAUUGCCAAACAGCGCUGGGACAAACUUAAUAAUGAUCUGCUGGAGCGUACUCAGUCCCUGGAGGACACAGCCCGACGACUGACUGACUUCACAGAGAACUUGCGCGAUCUUCAGCAUUCACUUCAGCGUUGUGAAGACAAAUUAGCUUCACAUGAUGCUUUGGGUGGAGCUUCUAAAGAUCCAAAAUUACUAGAGCGAAUAAAGGCACUACGAGAAGAGACGGGAGGACUGAAGAAGCCGCUGCAGUCAGUUCGCCAGGCGGCUGGUGACCUGGUGAAUGAGGCUGGUGAACAUGGUGUGGAUGCAACUCACCUGCAGGAUGAAGUGGAUAACCUCGCUGAUCGGCUGGAUGAUUUGCAGGCUAAGUUGGAUGACCGUUGCAGUGAACUACAAUCUGCCGCAACAGCAGUCACUCAGUUCAAUGACCAGGUGAAAGGAUUGAGUCAUGACCUCUCAGGCUUGGAGCAUGAGCUUGAUGCCAUGAAACCUCCAGGUCGUGAUCUUAAGACAGUUCGAGGACAGCUGGAUGAUACAGGAAAACUCCUGAAAAAGAUUUCGAAAGCUGCGGAUGAAGUUGCCAAUACAGUGUCUGCAGGGGAGCAUCUUGUAGACAGUGGAUUUGCUCCUGAUACAGUAGCAACCCGUGAACAAGUGGAGCUGCUACAGCGACAGCUUGGUCGUCUAGAUGAACGUGCCAAGUCCCGAGAAGAAGAUCUUGAUUCAACAUUGGGUCGCCUUGAAUCAUUUUAUCAGAUCCAUGCUGCAGUUACUCAAGAAAUAGCAGAGGCCAGUGAACGUGUGCGCAAGCUGAAGCCUGUUGGUUCAGAGGUGGAAGGCAUAAAGGCUCAGCAGGAGGAAUUCAGAGCAUUCCAAGUAUCCAACAUUGAACCAUUAGCACGCCAGGUGGAGGACUGCAAUCGGCUCGGACAGGGACUCAUCCAGUCAGCUGCUGGAGGUGUUAACACUACUAGCCUCGAGAAGGACCUGGAGAAGAUGAAUGAUAAGUGGAAUGAUCUGAAGGACAGGUUGAAUGAACGAGACCGCAAGCUAGAUGUAGGUCUUCUGCAGUCAGGAAAGUUCCAAGAAGCAUUGGAUGGUUUGUCGAAGUGGCUUGCUGACACUGAGGAGAUGGUAGCCAACCAGAAGCCACCAUCUGCUGACUACAAAGUGGUCAAGGCACAGCUGCAGGAGCAGAAGUUCCUCAAGAAGAUGCUGCUUGACCGCCAGAAUUCAAUGUCAUCCCUCUUUGCCAUGGGCAAUGAAGUGGCGGCUGGUGCUGACCCUGUGGAACGCAAGGGUAUUGAACGGCAAUUGCGAGAACUCAUGGGGCGCUUCGAAAACUUAACAACUGGAGCUGCUCAGCGUUAUGAGGAUCUCCAGCAGGCCAUGGCUGUAGCAAAGGACUUCCAGGACAAGCUGGUACCAUUGAUUGAAUGGUUAGAUCGCACUGAGAAGCAGGUGAAAGACAUGGAGCUCGUUCCAACUGAUGAAGAGAAGAUACAACAGAGGAUUAAGGAACACAGUGCUCUUCACAGUGAUAUCCUGCACAAGAAACCAGACUUCUUUAAGCUCACAGAGGUAGCUAGUGCACUGAUGGCACUUGUUGGUGAGGAUGAGGCAUCAGGGUUAGCAUGCAAGUUACAAGACAUGACGGACCGUUACGCUGCCUUGGUGGACGCCUCAGAAAAUGUAGGUCAGCUACUCCAGCAAUCACGUGCUGGUCUGCGACACCUGGUACUGACAUAUCAAGAUCUGCAGGCCUGGAUGGAAGCAAUGGAGCACCGACUGGCAAAAUAUAGAGUCCUUGCUGUACACACUGACAAACUGCUGGAGCAGAUGGACGAUCUUGCAGAUUUGACAGAGGAGAUAGCGAAUCAUCAGAGCCAAGUGGAUGGAACGGUUGAUAGUGGCCUCGAGCUUAUGAAGCACAUCUCAAAUGAUGAAGCAUUACAACUGAAAGACAAGCUAGACUCACUUCAGCGUCGAUUUAACGAUCUCACAACACGAGGUGCCGAUCUCCUGAAACAUGCUCAGGAAGCAUUGCCAUUGGUCCAGCAGUUCCACAACUGCCAUAACCGUCUAGUUGACUGGAUGAUGGGAGCUGAAGCCCAGCUGCAAUGUGCUGACCCUCAUGAAGAAGAUAUCCAGAGAUUGGAACAGGAUAUCCAAGAAUUCCGGUCAGUUUUGGAGAGCAUCAACCUAGUGGGCCCACAGCUGUGCCAGAUCUCACCAGGAGAGGGUGCUUCCACUAUAGAAGGUCUUGUCACAAGAGACAACCGCAGAUUUGAUGCUAUUGCUGAACAGAUUCAGCGCAAAGGAGAACGCAUUCAGCUCUCCAAACAACGUUCACUGGAGGUUAUUGGAGACAUUGAUGAGCUCCUCGACUGGUUCCGUGAAGUGGAAGGUCAGAUCCGUGAUGCAGAACCUCCCAGCUCUGACCCAGGUGUCAUUAGAGUCCAACUGAAGGAACACAAGGCAUUGAAUGAUGAUAUCUCCAGCCAGAAGGGUCGUGUCCGAGAUGUUCUGUCUUCUGCAAAGAAGGUGCUGCGUGAAUCUGCCCAACAUGAAGAUACGACCACUAUUCGUGAAAAGAUGGAGGAUCUUCGUGAGACUAUGGACACGGUGUCUGGUUUGAGUUCUGACCGUCUGGGUGUGCUGGAACAGGCCCUCCCUCUAGCAGAGCAUUUCCAUGAAACUCACACUGGACUGGUCAGUUGGCUGGAUGAAAUGGAGCAGCAGGUGGCCAUGUUGGCAAUGCCAGCUCUACGGCCAGAUCUCAUCACACAGCAGCAAGACAGGAAUGAGAUGUUUGUGCAGUCAAUCUCUGAGCACAAGCCAUUGGUAGAGAAGUUGAACAAGACUGGGGAGGCCCUGAUUCGUCUGUGUAAUGAUGAAGAAGGAGCAAAGGUUCAGGAUAUCUUAGAUGGAGACAAUGCUCGCUAUGCAGCCCUCAGAAGUGAACUUCGACAACGUCAGCAAGCACUGGAACAAGCAUUGCAGGAGUCCAGUCAGUUCUCUGACAAACUGGAAGGCAUGCUGCGUGCUUUGGGCUCAACGGCUGACCAAGUCAACUCUGCUGAACCUGUGUCUGCUCAUCCACCCCGUAUCCGUGACCAGAUGGAUGAGAAUGCAGCCUUAGUGGAAGAUUUGGACAAGCGAGAGGAAGCCUUCGCAGCAGUUAAAAGAGCAGCUGAUGAUGUUAUCAGCAAGGCUGGCAACCGGGCUGAUGCAGCUGUCAAAGACAUCAAGCGCAAACUUGACCGACUCAACAGCCUGUGGAAUGAAGUUCAGAAAGCUACAAAUGAUCGAGGAAAGUCCCUGGAAGAAGCCCUGGUGGUGGCAGAGAGAUUCUGGGAUGAGUUACACAAUGUCAUGGCAACGCUACGGGAACUACAAGACUCACUGAGCUCACAAGAACCUCCUGCAGUUGAGCCAGCUGCUAUCCAACAGCAGCAAGUCGCCUUGCAGGAGAUUCGUCAUGAAAUUGAUCAGACCAAACCAGAAGUUGAUCAGUGCCGUCAGACUGGUCAGGAGUUGAUGAAUUUGUGUGGUGAGCCAGAUAAACCUGAAGUGAAGAAACAUAUUGAAGACUUGGAUUCAGCAUGGGACAACAUAACAGCACUCUAUGCAAAGAGGGAGGAGAAUCUCAUUGAUGCAAUGGAGAAGGCAAUGGAAUUCCAUGAAACCUUGCAGAAUCUGUUAGAGUUCCUGGAUGGUGCAGAAGACAGGUUUGCAGCUAUGGGAGCCUUGGGCUCUGACAUUGAUGCAGUGAAGAGGCAGAUUGAGCAACUCAAAGACUUUAAGGCUGAAGUUGACCCUCAUAUGGUGAAGGUGGAGGCACUCAACAGGGCUCUUCGAAGGCAAGCACAAGAGCUUACAGAACGGACAUCAGCAGACCAGGCUGCAGCUAUCAAGGAACCACUUUCUGCUGUGAAUCGUCGCUGGGAUGAGCUUCUGCGUGGAAUGGUUGAACGACAAAGGCAGCUGGAGAAUGCCCUGUUGCGUCUUGGGCAGUUCCAACAUGCUCUGGCAGAGCUGUUAGUUUGGAUUGAUAAGACUGAUGGUACAUUAGAUGAAUUGAAACCAGUAGCUGGAGAUCCACAGGUCCUGGAAGUUGAACUUGCGAAGCUGAAGGUGCUGGUGAAUGACAUUCAAGCACAUCAGACAAGUGUGGAUACGCUUAAUGAUGCGGGUCGCCAGAUAAUUGAAUCUGGGAAAGGAACAGCAGAAGCAUCUGCCACGCAAGAGAAACUAUUACAGCUGAACCGCCACUGGAGAGAUCUGCUUGCAAAGGCAGCUGAUAGGCAGCAUGAGCUGGAAGAUGCCCUGAAGGAGGCUCAGAGGUUCCAUGCCGAGAUCCAAGACCUUCUGUCCUGGCUUGGAGAUGUUGAUGGAGUCAUAGCAGCAUCAAAACCUGUGGGUGGCUUGCCAGAGACUGCGUCAGAGCAGUUGGAAAGAUUUAUGGAAGUGUACAACGAAUUGGAGCAAAGUCGUCCGAAGGUAGAGACUGUUCUGCAGCAAGGACAGGAAUACCUGAAGAAGUCAGGAUCAGGAGCGGCCAAUAACUUGCAGCACAACCUCCGGACACUUAAGAACCGCUGGGACAGUGUUACUGCCCGAGCUUCAGACAAGAAGAUAAAGCUGGAAAUUGCUCUCAAGGAGGCUACAGAGUUCCAUGAAGCUUUACAGGCUUUUGUUGAUUGGUUGACCAAUGCUGAGAAGAUCUUGAGUAAUUUGAAACCUGUAUCACGUGUAAUGGAAACAAUUCUGAGCCAAAUAGAGGAACACAAAGCCUUCCAGAAGGACGUUGGUGUACAUCGGGAAACUAUGUUGAAUCUGGACAAGAAGGGAACACAUCUCAAAUACUUCAGCCAGAAACAGGAUGUGAUCCUGAUCAAGAAUCUACUAAUCAGUGUUCAGCAUCGCUGGGAAAGAGUGGUGAGCAAGUCAGCAGAGCGCACUCGAGCGCUGGAUCAUGGCUACAAGGAGGCACGCGAAUUCCAUGACUCCUGGUCUGGUUUGAUGUCAUGGUUGGGAGAAACUGAAAAGAGCUUGGACGACUUGGCAGUUGAAGCUACUGGCGUUGGUAAUGAUCCUGAAAAGAUUAAGGCUCGUCUUGCGAAACAUCGUGAAUUCCAGCGUGCUCUGUCUGGCAAGCAGGCAACUUACGAUGCCACAAUGAGGGCAGGGAAGACUCUAAAGGAACGGGCACCCAAGUCUGAUGAGCCUGCCCUCAAGCAAAUGAUGACUGAGCUCAAAAACAAAUGGAAUGCUGUUUGUGCAAAGUCAGUGGACAGACAAAGAAAGCUGGAAGAAGCUUUGCUAUUUUCUGGCCAAUUCAAAGAUGCUGUCCAAGCUCUGCUGGAAUGGCUGCAAAAGGUGCAGAAAGUUUUGUCAGAAGAGGGUCCUGUUCAUGGAGACUUGGACACUGUUAUGGCACUUGUAGAGCAGCACAAAACGUUCGAAGAAGAUCUUGCAAGCCGUUCUGCACAGAUGGAGUCUGUUCAACGAACUGGUAAAGAACUUGAAGCAAAGGCAACACCAAAUGAUGCCACAACAAUUCGAGGUCAGUUAUCAGAGCUCAGCAGUUUGUGGGACAGAGUGUCUACUCUGACCAAGAAGAAAUCUGCUCGACUGGAAGGUGCACUGAAGGAGGCUGAACAGCUGCACAAGGCAGUACAUAUGCUUCUGGAAUGGCUGUCAGAUGCAGAAAUGAAGCUGAGGUUUGCAGGACCCUUGCCUGAGGAUGAACAGGAAACUCGCAACCAGUUGGCUGAACAUGACAAAUUUAUGCGUGAAAUGGCUGAAAAAGAACAUGAGAAAGAUGCUACAAUUACACUGGCACAACAAAUACUUGGUAAAGCCCAUCCUGAUGGUGCUACAGUCAUCCGACACUGGAUUACCAUCAUCCAGUCUCGCUGGGAGGAAGUGUCUACAUGGGCCAAACAGAGAGAACAGCGGUUAACAGAACACCUACGCUCUCUACACGAUUUGGAGGGAUUGUUGGAAGAACUGUUGGCCUGGCUGUCUGGUCUAGAGGGUACUUUGCUAACUCUUGAAACUGAGCCCCUGCCUGAUGACAUACCAACAUUAGAGAGUCUUAUCUCUGACCACAGAGAAUUUAUGGAAAAUACAUCGAAGCGUCAGCCUGAAGUGGACAGUGUAUGCAAGUCACGGCAACAGGUGAAACCACAGUCAGCCACACAGCAAACAAAAGACCGCAAGCCCUCAAGGCCCAGAACACCUGCCAAGGAGAACCACAGAGAUAACCGGGAAUCAUCACCAGAGUAUGAUUCAUCAUCACGCAAGUCAAGUCGCGCCAGUCCUGGGCGUGAGAAAGCACCUGAAUUGAUACCUCACAUUGGUCCCAGAUUUGCUGCUAAAGGAAGCAAGGGUGCAGAGCCUGUGUUCCGUAACCCACGGGUGAAACUGCUUUGGGACAAAUGGCGAAAUGUAUGGAUGUUGGCAUGGGAGCGGCAGCGCCGUUUACAGGAGAAAUAUUCAUACCUGCUGGAACUUGAAAAAGUUAAGAACUUCAGCUGGGAUGAUUGGAGGAAGCGGUUCCUCAAGUUCAUGAAUCACAAGAAGUCUCGUUUGACAGAUUUGUUCCGAAAAAUGGACAAAAACAAUGAUGGUCUCAUUCCCAGAGAGGACUUCAUAGAUGGAAUUAUGAAAACUAAAUUUGAUACCAGCAGGCUAGAGAUGAAUGCAGUAGCAGACUUGUUCGACCGGUCGGGGGAGGGUCUGAUUGACUGGAAGGAAUUCAUUGCUGCUUUGAGACCAGACUGGGAGGAGCGGAAACCAGAUACUGAGGCAGAGAAGAUCCAUGAUGAAGUGAAACGAUUGGUGAUGCUCUGUACUUGUCGUCAAAAGUUCCGUGUGUUCCAGGUUGGAGAGGGGAAGUACAGGUUUGGUGAUAGUCAGAAAUUGCGUUUGGUGCGUAUCCUACGCUCAACUGUGAUGGUGCGAGUUGGUGGUGGCUGGGUGGCUCUGGACGAGUUCCUAGUGAAGAAUGAUCCUUGUCGAGUGGUUUUACUUCCAAUUCCUGACCCCAAUAAGCCAGAGGAACAUGAGGCAUGGUGUCCUUUGAGCUUCGUGGCCUUAUCAUCUGAGGAGUUUAUGAAUCAACUGAUGCCGAUAUUUGAAAGCCUGAGACAACGUGAGGACCUGCCCUGCUCAUACCCACUCGCCAUGGGCUCAUCUGGGCUCCCCUCGUACUACUGGGUAAGAGAGCGCAGUGCACGCAGUGUUCCCAUGGGGCGUAACACGGGGCGGUCAUCAUUCUCUGGUGGAGCCCGUACUCCAGACUCUCUCAGUGACAAUGAGAGCACACUGACCCGGCCCAUAAGGAAGGGGUCUGCACCACUUCGGUCUAGCCUCACUCCAGGAGGAAGUCAGCCAGGUAGCAAAGCAGGCAGCCGUCCCAGCAGUCGACCUCAGAGCCGGCAAGGCAGCAAACCUCCCAGCAGGCAUGGGUCCACACAUUCCCUUGACAGCACAGAUGACGCAACACCCAGCCGUAUCCCAAUUCACCGGCGUGUUACAACUAGCAGUCGCACUGCAGGCAGUGGUUCUGGUACCACCACACCCACACGCAAACUCACAGUGCCUGUUAAUGGAACAACUCCUAGUUCACGUCCACGAACUCCAACAGGACUUAUUAGCCCAUCUAGUGGGUCUUCAUUCAGCUGCUCAAGGAUACCGAUAUUUGUGGGUUCAAGUUCCACCGAAUCACAGCUCUCUUCUUGUACUUCUUAUGGACGAGCAACAGUUAAGACAACUUCUGCUUCUAACAUCCCUAUUCUAGUCAAAGGACGUUAUAGAAAUCGUACACCGUCUGGUUCCAGCACGCCUAUUCCAAGUGGUGCCAAAGUGACAAGGAAGACAUCUGGUGCUUCUGACAUGGCUACAGGAACAUCACGCAAGAGCUCUAAAGCUGCAACUCCAACUGAGUCACGGGUACCCUUCAGACUUUAAGGAUCAUGUGUGUCAACACACAAGCCAUAUGUAACCGACAAACCAAAUCUCAAAUCAAAAUAUCUUAGUUUCUUCAAGUUGCAAGGUGUGAUUUGAAGCAGCAAGAAUUUCACAGUAAAUGACAGACUGACUUAUCAGAGUAGAGAUUCUCAUUACAUUUAUUUAUACUGAUUAAAAGUUAGUUAUUUUGUGGAACUUCAGUUACAGUCAUCGCACCCAUUCAUUUCUGUAGUUGCUUUUACACCUUGGAAUUGAAGAGCACAACACAUUUGUUGUAAUUCUUAUGAGGGACCACUGUUUACUUUCUUUAAAUGUCAUUGGAAAUGCCAGUGUGAUUCUGCUGUCCCUGUAAGGAAUGUAAGUUUUUGUUAAUUGUUGGAUGUUUUACUUUCUAAGAUUAUUUUUAUACACCAUUAGUCUUUGGUUUAAAAUAUAAGGUGGGGUGCAUUUUUUCUUUAGUUACAAUUAACUGUGCUAAUAACACAUUGUAACUGCAAGAUAUGUACACUGUAAUGGUAAAGGAGCUGACACCUAUAAUAGUACACAGUUCCAAAAUAGUAAUAACAACAAAUAUGUAACAAUAUAUUCUACUUCAUCACACCUUUUAUUUUGAACUUUAUUCAGUUACAGAAACUUCAUAAAUACAGUGUAAUUAUUAAUUUAUAACUACAUAAUUUAACUACUUUGAAAAUAUGUAGAAGUUUGGUUUAGUUAACAAGAUGAAACAAUGCGGUUCUGGGGUUAUAUUUUCCAUCUGUGUAAAAUAAAUGUGUGCCAUCAUUGUCUUGUUGUUAAGUUAACCAAACCUAAUUUAUUUGAAAACUUUAGGUAAUAUAUCAUAUGUGCUUUAAUUAUACAGUUUUGUAUACUCUUUACACAGUCAUAGAGCUUAUAUAUAUAUAUAAAAUUUUUUAACAUUUUUAGUUUAUUGCCACAAAGUCACUUUCUGUUCGCAUACUUGUGAUAAUUUUAAUUUAACUGUAUAUUAACAUAAUAAUUGCAGAUUAUUUUUCACUUUCUAUGUUUCCCAGCCUGUUUUAUACAUAAAAUGCAAUCAUUGAGAACAUAAAAUAAGUUGUGAUUUGUCGAUUGAUCGAGUAUAACUGUGUGUGGUUGCUGUACAUAUUCCUAAAGUAACGUCCAUAAAACUGUGAGAGGAAGAGAGUGUGUUAGUCAGGUUCUCUGUAUAAAUAUUUGUUUUAUUAUAUUUGAAGUAUUAUCAUGGAAAAAUAUAAAGCACAAAAGAAGUGCAUGUCAGUUCUACACAUAUAUUUCUUAUGUUUUGUAAUAUCUUUUCAUACAGUAAUUGUGCAAUUAUGUAAAACUUUUAUCUAGAAGAAAAGGGCUGGCCAAUAGUAUUGUUAAUAAUUAGUGGAAGAACCAGCUUUUAGAUUUAUAAUUACAUUAAUUUGGCCAUUUAGUGUAAAAUAUUAAAGACUGCUGUUCCCAUAAAGAUGGAAGAAGUGCAUGAAUUUUUUGUCCAGACUUACUUUUGUACAAAAAUUUGAAUCUGUAGUGUGUAUUCGAUCGAUCGAGCAUUGCUAUACAUGCUAAAGAGAAAGUCCUGCAAUAUUGUAGCAGAUGUAGAUAUAUAUGUUAACAAAUUUGCUUAUUAAAUUCUCACACCUGAAGACAUUAUUUUAUUGUGAGUGUCCUGCCAUAAUAGGUUUCAAGGUCAUAUGUCCUCAUAUGUCCCUGUGACCCACAAGGAAGACAACAUGAAGAAGCUAAAUACAACAUAGUUAUGUAGAAAAGUUGAUGAGGUAUGGUCAUAAAUGAACUGACUGCAGACAAUGUGUGAUUAGGCAGUCAUUUUUUUCUCGGCAAGAAAUUUCUAUUUCUGAGUGACUGUAGGCCAGAGAGCAUUCUGAGAAUAAUAUGCUACAAGGAAUUGGUAAGGAGCCAGGAUAGCAUAGACAACCAAGGGGUCAGAGUUGAAGUCCCAAUAGGGUCAAGAAUUUUCUCCACGUCAUCCAGACCAGCUCUGGGGCCCACCCAAUCUCCCAUCCAAUGGGUACCAGAGUUCUUUCUCUAGGGGUAAAAAGGCAGGGGCGUAAAGCUGACCACUCACCACCAGCUAGUGCUGAGGUCAAGAAAAUAUGGGUCUAUACAUCUAGUUAUUUCAUCAUGUCGAAGGUUUCAAAAUGGAGCAAAGAGCAGAGAAUAAGUUUUGUCUAAAAUUGAAGAAAACAGCUACAGAAACGUUUGAAGUGUUGAAAAGUGUAUACAGUGAAGAAUGUUUAUUGAGAACAAGUGUGUUUGAAUGGCAUAAAAGGUUCAAAGAAGGGCAAAAGUUGUUGUAAGACCAUCCUUCAACUUCCAGAACAGAAGAAUUGAUGGAAGUAGUUCAAAAGUGUUUGGCCAAAGAUCAAACUUUUGAGUGUUCAGAUGUUAGAAGAAAUGAGAGGGAUCAGUAAAGAGACAGUACGUAAGAUAUUAGAUAAAUAUUUAAAAAAGAAAGUGGGAAAGUGGGUCCUGGUAACUUCUGCAUGACAAUGCACUGGCGAAAUGAAGGAUCCCCAUAUUAUCACAUCCACACUACACCCUUCAUUUAACACCGACUGACUUUUUUUAUUUCCUAAAUUAAAAACUGUGAUAAAAAGGAUGAGAUUUGAGGCUGUUUCAUUGAUCCAGCAGACUGUAACGAGAGAAUUGAAACCAAUACAGGAAGAAGUUUUUUCUUGGGCAUUCGAUUUGUUGUAUGAGCGAUAUGCAUGUUGUGCAGAAGCAAGUAGGGACUAUAUUGAAUGAUGGUCUUAACACAUAUUUUUGUGUGGUUUUUUUAUGGCCUCAGUUUUCAGGAAUUUAAUUAUCACACUUUAUAUAGAGCUUUAAUGACUGCAUUGUGUGUCAGGAUAUCUUUUGUCUGGGGUUCUCAUUAAAAAUUUAUUUGGAUUGAAGUUUAUAUGAAUAAUAAGAUCCUUAAAGACUCCUGAAAUUAAAUGAAUCAGUUUUAAUUAUUAUGUGAUGGUGUAGUUGUAUAAACUGGUUAUAUAAAAAUCCUGGUGUUAGGUGGUAAA